UGAGUGAGACGCAACGUCGGCGUUUGAAGAUGACAUGACGAACAAAAUCACAAAUUUCACGUGACAGACGUCGCUGCAGCUGAUCGCGUUGACCACAUCUCCGACGAUGUCCAGAAAAGUGUUUAAUAAAACUUAAUAGGCUUUGUUUCAUUAAUGAAACAUGCCUGCAUUGUCAAGAAAUGAAGGUACAGGGACUGAAAGCCUACAGCUUGCUUUCAGACUUCGCAGCAGAGCUGAAGAGAUUUAAAACUGGCUGCACAAAUAAGGGGAUUUUGUACGGAGAAAGCGCCUUCAUCUGAGCGUCAUUUGGAUCAGUAUGGCAGCGAUAACCUGUUUUGUGGGCCCAGAGGAGCUUGAGGACACGAAUCACGCUGUAAGCUUAAUGAAAGAGCUGAAAUUAUUCUACGAAUCGCAAUUAUUUGUCGACGUUAGUAUCGAAGUCAAACCGAACCGUGAGUCCGAGGAUCAAAGCGUUUCCCCUGUCUGUACCUCUCCUGUGAAACCUUUCCAGUGCAACCGCAAUAUACUGGCUGCACCCAGCCCUUAUUUCAGGAGUAUGUUCACAGGAGGGUUAUAUGAGAGCACCCAGAAAAAGAUAACCAUUUAUGAUGUCGACGCUGAUUCGAUGGCCGUCAUCAUCGAUUACUGCUACGCUGGCAAAGUGACAAUCACAGAAAGAACUGUACAAAGGCUGUAUGCAGCUGCCAACAUGCUUCAGCUGGAAUAUAUACGGCAGGUUUGUGCUAAUUUUAUGACAAGAAGGCUGGACCUUUCUAACUGUGUGGGAAUAUUGAAGUUUGCUGACACCUUUGACAAUCUUGAAUUGAAGAACAAGGCUCAAUCGUUUAUUGCAAAGAAUUUCAUUCAUUUUAGUGCCAAUGUGAGAGAUUUUUGUGAGCUAGACAUGAAGCAGAUAAAAGACACCCUCUCUCUGGAUUCUAGUGAUGUGGACUGUGAAAGGAAACUGUGUUCAUUUGCGAUACGGUGGAUUGAAAAUAAUCAGCAUGCUGACGCAGAAGAUGCAUUGAAGAUUCUUAGAUGUGUUCGUUGGUCUUUGUUUUCCGAGAAAGACAGUGUUUAUCUUGAUAGCCUUAAAUCGAAACCUUUUAUGAAAAAAUAUCUAUCCAGUGUGUUAGAUGAGGCUGUUGGUGAGCAGAGCAGUAUGAUUUAAGGGUCUAAUCGUUACAAACACAGAAUUGGCAAGAGCGCAAAAGAAGUGGUUUUAUUUUUUGGACGGCCAAAUGAGGCGUUCAUGUGCUAUGAUCCUUUCACAGAGGACAUAUAUUCUAUGGCAUCACCGACUAUUAUUAACCUUACAAAUCAAAACUUCAAACGCUCACCUAUGGAGAUAUUUUUGGCCUGUACCACACCAGAGGACAAUCUGUAUCUUGCAUCACACCUGUCAAAGCAUUUAUGGGUGUACAAUCCCUUGUUAAAUUGCUGGCAGGAGCUAGCUGAAAGACUGUUGGGAAGAAUGCACUCAUACAUGGGCUACCUCAAUAGGCACCUGUAUAUUUUGGGUGGCAGAGACCCAGUAUCGGUUGCCAGGCUCAAGGAGGUAGAAUGCUAUAGUAUUCAGAGGAACCAGUGGAUAUUUGUGGCUCCUUUGCCUCAUUCUUUGGGAAAGAUGCAGGUAGUAACGGUAAGUGAAAGACUUUAUGUAGUGAAUAAAAGAAGGAUGCUCAGUUAUGAGCCCAAAAAAGAUCACUGGCUCCAGAGAGGCUCCCUGAAACGCAGCAAACUCCUUAAAGCCUGUGUUUUUCAGGAGCAGAUUAUCUGUUUGUGUGUUAUCCCUGUAGUGAAAGCCUACAAUCCGGCUCGUGGAGAAUGGAGGCGGAUUGGAGACAUUCCAAUCGACAGCAGUGCUCUUAACUACCAAGUUGUGCAACACAACAAAAGACUUCUUCUUUUAACUAUUGCGAUAGCAAAUCACAACAAAAAUAGGCUUGUUAUACAUGAAUACGACACCACUCGGGAUAAUUGGAGAAAUGUGACAACCAUGUUUGGAUCCUCCCUUGGUUUAUUAAGCCUCUCCACCCGUGUCUAUACAGCAUAUCUGGGUUCUGGUCAGAACUUCGUCUCAGAGGAGGAUGACGACAGUGGUUCUAGUGCUGACUGGGACUUUGAUGGAUUGACUGAUGCAGAUUCUGACUCUGGCAGUUCAAGUUCAUUUUCAGAUGAGAACUGGUAGCCUAUGCAAUUUUUCUGUCAAAUUGAACUGUAGUUAAUAAUGCCAAAUGUCAAAAAUGGUCCACAGUAUUUAAAUGACUUUUUAUUAUAAGCCUGGGGAUUGCCCCACAACAACAAUGUUAAAAUUCAUCCUCCUUGUAUCACUGUUAUCAAAUAAUGUUUCUAUAUUUAAAACAUUUGAAAGACACAUUUUGUUUUAGGAUAAUGAUAAAUUGGUUAAAAUAAUUAAUGCAUUCUGGAUAUAGAGAAACAAAAAACAAACAAUUCAUUUUUGAAAAUUAAAUAUUAGAGAUGCACAAUAAAUUAUCAGCCAUA